AUGGCUAUACUGUUCAAAAAGAUACAAGAACAUUCCACCAAAGGGCAGCAUAUCUUGCAUGGUAAUAAACAAAGUAAUACAGCAGUAAAAAUCUCUGAGAGCAAAGAUAGUGAGAAUGCUGGAAUAUCUCAAGAAUCACAUGAAAGAAUUCACAGUGGAGAGAAACCCUAUGAAUGUAAACUGUGUAGUAAAACAUUCAGGCAUUCCAGUACUUUUCAGGCACAUGAAAGAAUUCACAGUGGAGAGAAACCCUAUGAAUGUAAACUGUGUAGUAAAAAAUUCAGGCAUUCCGGUAGUUUUCGGGCACAUGAAAGAAUCCACAGUGGAGAGAAACCCUAUGAAUGUAAACAGUGUAGUAAAAUAUUCAGUGAUUCCAGUAGUCGUUGGAGACAUGAAAGAAUUCACAUUGGAGAGAAACCCUAUGAAUGUAAACAAUGUAGUAAAAGAUACAGUUCUUCCAGUAAUCUUUGGGCACAUGAAAGAAUUCACAGUGGAGAGAAACCCUAUGAAUGUAAACAAUGUAGUAAAACAUUCAGUUUUUCCAGUAAUCUUCGGGUACAUGAAAGAAUUCAUAGUGGAGAGAAACCCUAUGAAUGUAACCAAUGUAGUAAAAAAUUCAGGAAAUCCAGUAGUCUUCAGGCACAUGAAAGAAUUCACAGUGGAGAGAAACCCUAUGAUUGCAAACUGUGUAGUAAAACAUUCAGUUAUGCCAGUAGUCUUUGGACACAUGAAAGAACUCACAGUGGAGAGAAACCCUAUGAAUGCAAACUGUGUAGUAAAACAUUCCGUGAUUGCAGUAGUCUUCAGAGACAUGAAAGAAUUCACAGUGGAGAGAAACCCUAUGAAUGUAAACUGUGUAGUAAAACAUUCAGUUGUUCCAGUUAUCUUCAGGAACAUGAAAGAAUUCACAGUGGAGAGAAACCCUAUGAAUGUAAACUGUGUAGUAAAACAUUCAGUUGUUCCAGUUAUCUUCGGAAACAUGAAAGAAUUCACAGUGGAGAGAAACCCUAUAAAUGUAAACAGUGUAGUAAAAUAUUCAGUGAUUCCAGUAGUCGUCGGAAACACGAAAGAAUUCAUAGUGGAGAGAAACCCUAUGAAUGUAAAAAAUGUAGUAAAACAUUCAGGCAAUCCAGUAGUCUUCGGGUACAUGAAAGAAUUCACAGUGGAGAGAAACCCUAUGAUUGCAAACUGUGUAGUAAAACAUUCCGUGAUUGCAGUAGUCUUCAGAGACAUGAAAGAAUUCACAGUGGAGAGAAACCCUAUGAAUGUAAACAAUGUAGUAAAACAUUCAGUUGUUCCAGUCAUCUUCGGGAACAUGAAAGAAUUCACAGUGGAGAGAAACCCUAUGAAUGUAAACAAUGUAGGAAAACACGCUUAUUCCAGUAAUCUUUGGGCACAUGAAAGAAUUCACAGUGGAGAGAAACCCUAUGAAUGUAAACAAUGUAGUAAAACAUUCGGGCAUUCCAGUCAUCUUCGGAGACAUGAAAGAAUUCACAGGGGAGAGAAACCCUAUGAAUAUACACAAUGUAGUAAAACAUUCCAGCAGUCUGCUGGUCUUCAGAGACAUGAAUUCACAGUGAAGAGAAACCCUAUGAAUGCAAACAGUAGUAAAACAUUCAGUGAUUCCAGUCGUCAUUGGAGACAUGGAAGAAUUCAUAGUGGAAAGAAACCCUAUGAAUGUAAACAAUGUAGUAAAACAUUCCGGUACUCUUCGGGCACAUGAAAGACUUCACAGUUGAGAGAAACCCUAUGAAUGCAGUGUAGUAAAACAUUUAGUUGUUGCAGUAGUCUUCAGUAACAGUAACCUAAAACGUUUAAUAAAAAUGGAAAACAAAGGCAACAAAAGGUAAAAAAAAUAAAAACAUAAAAAUAUAAUGAGGAAAAAGAUACAAAAACCUUUAUUUUGGUUCAACACUCAUGAAGUUUUCCCUUUUGCAGUUAGGGAGCAGGGGCUUGAAUUUGGUUACUUUUGCAUGGUACCAUGUGCACCUCACUAAACCCUACCACCAAGUACCCAUUGAAAAAAAUUUUUUAAUACCAGGUAAGGUUUUGCAUCAUCUAAACCAGAGCAAAAAAAAAAAAAAAAAGAAAAAGAAUAUUGGGAGUCAGGCUGUAGUGCAGGUGGCACAAAGCCCAAGGACCUGUGGCUGAGAAAGCUGUGGUAUACACACACAAUGGAAUACUAUGCAGCUGUUGCGAACAAUGAACCCACUUUCUCUGACCCAUCUUGGACAGAACUAGAAGGAAAUAUGUUAUUUGAGCUAAAGAUAAAGAUGAGUAUGGGACGAUCCCACUUGUCAACAGAAGUUCAGAAAGAAGAUCAGGAAGGGAAAGUAAAAGCAGGAUAUGACUAAAUAUAGAGUAGGACAGUGACAUAAAAACUGGUGAGUUGGAGGGUGGACAUUUGGCUUCCUGG